CCCAGUAGAAGCGCCAUCUUGAGAACGGUAACAUCUUGUAAUUGCACUUUCCUGUGAAGUUAAAGUAACGUUAUUUGCUUGUAAAUUGAUCGGUUAUUUUAACAGUGAUUCAGAAUGGUUUCCUUGAAUCCUGUUAGGAUCCUCAAGAACGAUGCGGAGGAAGAGAAGGCAGAAAUUGCCAGGCUAAGUUUAUUUGUAGGCGCAAUAGCCAUUGGUGAUUUAGUAAAGUCUACACUUGGACCAAAGGGUAUGGAUAAGUUAAUGGUAUCUUUUGGCCGAUCCGCAGGACAAGUUCAAGUAACUAAUGAUGGAGCAACUAUUCUAAAAAAUGUUGGUGUGGAUAAUCCAGCUGCUAAAAUUUUGGUAGAUAUGUCACGUGUGCAAGAUGAUGAAGUUGGGGAUGGCACUACUUCUGUAACUGUCCUUGCUGCUGAAUUAUUAAGAGAAGCAGAGAAAUUAAUUGAUCAAAAGAUUCAUCCACAAACUAUAAUUGCUGGUUGGAGAAAAGCAACUAAUGUAGCACAAGAGGCUUUAAAGAAUACAGCGAUUGAUAAUUCUGCAGAUACUGAGUGUUUCCGCGAAGAUCUAUUAAAUAUUGCACGUACAACUUUAAGCUCAAAAAUUUUAUCACAAUACAAAGAGCAUUUCAGUAAGCUUGCAGUGGAUGCUGUAUUGCGCCUUAAAGGGUCCGGCAAUUUGUCGGCUAUUCAAGUGAUCAAAAAACGUGGAGGAACCUUGUAUUCUUCUUUCCUCGAUGAUGGAUUUUUACUGGAUAAGAAGCCCGGUGUACAUCAACCGCAAAAAGUCACAGAUGCUCGUAUACUUCUAGCUAAUACCCCUAUGGACACAGAUAAAAUUAAAGUGUUUGGAUCUAGAGUUCGAGUCGAUUCAAUGGCAAAAAUUGCAGAAUUAGAAGUAGCAGAGAAAGAGAAGAUGAAGGAUAAAGUUGAAAAGAUCAUAAAACAUGGCUGCAACGUUUUCAUUAACAGACAGUUGAUCUAUAAUUAUCCAGAACAAUUGUUUGCUGAUGCCAACAUUAUGGCUAUUGAGCAUGCUGAUUUUGAUGGUAUUGAAAGACUUGCUCUUGUUACUGGUGGAGAAAUAGUUAGUACUUUUGACAACCCUGAAAUGGUGAAACUUGGAAAGUGUGAUACCAUUGAACAGGUAAUGAUAGGUGAAGAUGUACUGUUAAAAUUCUCUGGAGUUCCUUUGGGAGAAGCUUGUACGGUAGUACUUAGAGGUGCCACGCAACAAAUCCUCGACGAAGCAGAACGAUCAUUGCACGAUGCUCUGUGCGUAUUAGCAGCUACAGUGCGUGAAUCUAGAAUUGUUUAUGGCGGAGGAUGCAGCGAGAUGGUAAUGGCUUGUGCUGUCAUGAAUGCGGCGGUUGCCACUCCCGGAAAGGAAGCAGUCGCAAUGGAAUCCUUUGCUCGAGCUCUGCAACAAUUACCCACUGUUAUUGCUGAUAAUGCAGGUUAUGAUUCAGCUCAGCUAAUCAGUGAACUUCGAGCUGCGCACAAUUUUGGCACAUGUUCAAUGGGUCUCGAUAUGCAAGAAGGAAAAUUAGGGUGCAUGAAACAAUUGGGAGUAACGGAGUCUUGGGUUGUGAAGAGGCAAGUUUUACUUAGCGCGGCAGAAGCAGCAGAAAUGAUUUUACGGGUGGAUAAUAUCUUACGAGCGGCGCCCAGAAAACGCGUGAAAGACCGUGGACAUUGUUAGUCACAGCCACUGUGACUCUUCCACUAUUUUUAAUUUGUUUGCAUUGUGCUUUUCCCAUGAUACGAAUUAUGAUUACGUUAUCAAUAAC